AACCAAACAACACUCCAACGGGUCCAAUGUUGCAGCCAACAACAUGCAGCAAACAGCAACAGCAGAGGCAGCAAACAGAACAUGCAGCAGCAGCGGCAGCAGCAGCAGCAACAGAGGGAACAGAAGCAGCAGCCGAUCAGCAGGAGCGGCAGCCGAUAGUUAAAGAUCAUGGAGCCCUAGCCUUAGCCUUAGCCACUGACAGAAGCAGCAGCAGCAGCAGCCCCCGCAGCUACAGCAGCGACAGCAGCGACAUUCUGUGCCACAGCAACAUGUUGCCCGUAACCAGCACAAGCAGCACAACGAUAGAUUUCAAUAGUCGCCGGCGAAGGGGUCGUCUACGGGGCAUGGACGAGGCAGGAUCUGCACCGGCAGCAGCCUCAGCCUCUGAAUCACCCAAAGAACAACACCAAGCAAAGAUACUUGAAGAGUGUGUAAAUAUUUUCAAACGCUUAGUAUUAUUAACAUUAAAUACAAUAUCAACAAGAACAACCGCAACAAUAACGAAAGGGAAGACAAGAGGCAGAACCGCAAAGGAGCAUUCCAUGACCAGCAGCUGCUGCUCAUGGCCACAGCCUCAGCCUCAGCUUCAGCAUCAGUAUCAGCCACAGCCUCAGACACAACGCUGCCGCCGCCUCCGCCUGCCGAUCUACUGCAUUCUGUUGGUUGGCUGUUGCCUGGCCACUCAGGGACUUGGCGUUGAGGCCGCCAAGCCCAAGUCCGCCAAACAGCAUUACAGUAACAACCAGAACAACAACAACCAAAACCCCAACAACAACCAGAACAACGAUGUGCUGAAUGGAGUUAAUGCACCGCCCUUGUAUCAGGGGGCGCCCUCCCAGACAUCGGGCGAGGACGAGGCCGAACUGAUGUACCCCUUCCAGUCCGGGGAGCACAUGUUCGGCGAGGAGGAGGAGCAGGACCAGGAGAUGAACAUGAAUGCAGCGCCUGGCUCUGACGAGGAUAAUGCUGGCAAUCAACGUGGUAUCAAUGACACUCACAGCGAGAACUCGACCGUCACGAAAACGCCACUAUUCCCGAAAGAUCUAUUCACGAAAGAACAGCUUGAAAACGGCGCUGUUAUCCUGCACAUCAUUGGAGUAAUCUAUAUGUUUGUGGCGCUGGCAAUUGUCUGCGAUGAAUUCUUCGUGCCUUCCCUUGACGUAAUCAUUGAAAAGCUCGGCAUUACAGACGAUGUGGCCGGCGCGACUUUCAUGGCGGCGGGUGGCAGUGCCCCCGAGCUCUUCACAAGUGUGAUUGGCGUUUUCGUGUCGUUCGACGACGUUGGCAUUGGUACGAUCGUUGGCUCUGCGGUCUUCAACAUAUUGUUCGUGAUCGGGAUGUGCGCCCUCUUCUCGAAGACGGUGCUCUCGCUCACCUGGUGGCCCCUCUUCCGCGACUGCUCAUUCUACAGUAUCAGCCUCCUGGUGCUGAUCUACUUCUUCCGCGACAAUCGCAUCUUCUGGUGGGAGGCCCUCAUCCUGUUCACCAUCUACAUCGCCUACGUGACCUUCAUGAAGUGGAACGUCGAAGUGGAGCAGUGCGUCAAGAAGUUGAUUACCAAAAACAAGGUGACUCGCGUCCGAAGUACAGAUCAACUUAUGCCAGCAGGUAAUGCGGCAAACUCAUCGGAAACCUCAAUGGCCACCCAGCCGGGCGGCUCGGUGACAUCGCGUGCGGCGAGCGAGACGCGCUCUGGACCGCCCGGCUCGAGCAACGCGGGCGCUACAGGUAAUAGCAGCGGUGGUGGCACCUCGGGUAGUACACAGACCGGUGCCAAAUUCCGUCAUGGCCUAUUACAGCUAAUGAUACACACGAUAGAUCCACUACACGAUGAUGAUGUUCCAGGCAAAGUGGACGAGAAGGCAACGCAGCUGCACGCCAUUGCCUCGCUCAAGGUGCUGCUGGACGCCACCAAGCCGCAGCGGGGUGGCGCCACCACCUCGGCUGCGAAUCACGUCAAGAUCAACCUGAAGGAAACCGUCCUGGCGGAUCGUCCCAAUGGGAAUAUUGACACGACGCUCGAUUCGCCAUCGUUGAGUGGUCGACGUCCUAGCUGGAUUGAGCAGAGGGUCAAAAUUCAGACACGCAAAUUUAGCAUCAAAGCGCCCGAAAUCGAGGACGAACCGGAACCCCUGAGCAUGGCUUGGCCGGACACGGCGCGUAAGCGCCUCACUUAUGUCCUGGUGGCCCCGCUCCUGGUGCCCAUGUGGCUGACGCUGCCCGAUACGCGAACGCCGCGUGGCAAGCGCUUCUUUCCGGUCACCUUCAUCGGCUCCAUUGUAUGGAUAGCGGCCUUCUCCUAUCUGAUGGUCUGGUGGGCAAACGUGGCCGGAGACACGGCCCGCAUACCGCCCGAGGUCAUGGGACUGACCUUCCUGGCAGCGGGCACAUCCAUUCCGGACUUGAUUACCUCGGUGAUUGUGGCACGCAAGGGAUUCGGCGAUAUGGCCGUCUCCAGCUCCGUGGGCAGCAACAUAUUCGAUGUGACUGUGGGCUUACCGAUACCCUGGCUGCUCUAUGGCAUCAUCUACGGUGCGCCCGUUGAGGUGAACUCGGUGGGCAUGGUGUGUUCCAUAACCAUUUUGUUUAUGAUGCUCGUAUUCGUGGUGAUGUCGAUUGCCUGCUUCCGUUGGCGCAUGAACAAGGGGUUGGGCUUUACCAUGUUUCUGUUGUAUUUUGUCUUUGUCGCCGUCUCGCUGAUGUUCGAAUACGAUGUAAUCACAUGCCCCUUCUAAAUAUGAUGUGGGGGGCACGGGCAAAGACAAAAUAGUAUCAACGGUAACCGAGGGGUACCAAUAUACAUAUACCGCAUAGAUAUCGAAGAUAAAUAUGUAUAUCGAAGAUAUACCGGAAAGAGAUUGAGAUACAAAACGUGUUUUUGAUAGCAAAUCUCUUUCUCUCAUCCAAUUAGCUAAAUUAUAUACAAAGCAAAUUAAUGAAUGAAUAACAAAUUAAUUACCAGUGGACUAAAGCUAAAUAAUCGAAUUGUUAAACAGACACA